CGGCCUCCCGCUGCUCUCCCUUCCUCCAUCAAUGACACGAGGCGUCCAUCGCGUUCUUGAUCGAAUCUAGCGACCGUAUCGGCAACGCCCCUCUUCGUCCCAUUGGUGUCGUCUAGCCCAACCACGACUUGUCGCGCCGGUAUAUCCUGCUUACUCACAACGCCCCGUCAAUAGAGGAAUGUGGUUUUCCUCUGCAUAUCCCCUGCUGCCCGCUGAUAUCUCGUUUCGAAUCAAUGGACAACUCCCUGCGUUGACCCGCCUUUGCUUUUGGAAAGAUCAUGGCCUCCGUCGGGAAGCCUAGUUUAGAAGACGCCCGUCGUGGGACGGGGUCGCCGAAGAUGAAGGCGCGAGAAAAUGCAAAAGAUACCCUGUGCCGGAAUGUAACCAUCUAUGGUCGAUGUCGUUAUGAAGAUAAAGGCUGCGCUUUCAACCACGAUCCGCAUAAGAACUCGAACCAAUCGGACAACGCCAGCAAAAAGCGUUUCAAUGUCGACUCGCCCAGCUUCACGCCGUCCUUACUACCGUCGAACGGGUCUUCCCCAACGUCUUCAAGCUCCUCCCUGAAAAAGUCCUCUACAAUUUCUCCGAAAGCCGCGAAUGCUGCUCCUUUCCAACCCAGAACAGCCGCUUCAAGUAAGUAGACAGC